AUGGCCACUCGGGAGAGGUUUCCGCCGGCCAAAGAAGAGGCGGUGGCCGCGCGGGGUGGUGGCCGGUCGGGAAGACUCGUUUCCAUGGUGCCCAGCAAGUUCCGGGCCGGGGGCGGCGGCAGGCCCGGGCCCAGCCCUGUUAACAACUGUGGGCUUCAUCUGGUUAUCCAAACCUCAUCAGUGGCAGAGAGAAAUAAACCAUUUGAAUUCAGGGUAAAUAAAGACCAGUCGUCUUUCCACAACAGGCUCUUGCAACAUGAUCUGGAAAAAAACCAUUCAGGAAAACAAGGAGAUGGAAGAUUGUUGACCCCUUUGGUGCGUAAUAAGCAGGUGUAUGUCCCAGUAGCAGCCAAUUUGGCAGACCUUUCUGGUCUGGAAUUGAAACAAGGUGGAGGCUGUCUAUCAGCAUUUGGGGAUUCUUCUAUUCAUACUCCUACAAAAUCCAGAACCCGACAGGGCUGUCAUAGUGCCGGUCCAAAUAUUUCAGAUAACAUACAUUUUGGGAGCAGUGCAUCAAUCACAGCAUUUCCCAUUCUGCAUCGUGCUGCUGAUGAAAAAAUACUGAAUUCUGAUAGGCUGACCCUUGAAAGGCAAAAGCUGACAGUUUGUCCAGUUAUCGAUGGGGAAGAACAUCUUCGCCUGUUGAACUUCCAGCAUAACUUUAUAACUCGGAUCCAGAAUAUCUCUAAUCUGCAGCAUCUUGUUUUCUUAGAUUUAUAUGAUAAUCAGAUAGAGGAAAUCAGUGGGCUUUCAACUCUCAGGUCUCUACGUGUCCUCCUGUUGGGGAAGAACAGAAUAAAGAAAAUCUCAAAUCUGGAGAACUUGAAAAAUCUUGAUGUUUUGGAUCUUCAUGGAAAUCAGAUUGCUAAAAUAGAAAAUAUCAAUCAUUUGGGUGAACUCAGAGUGUUAAAUCUUGCCAGAAACCUUUUAAGCUAUGUAGAAAACCUUAAUGGACUGGAUUCACUGACAGAACUUAACCUUCGUCAUAAUCAAAUCACCUCCAUGAAAGAUGUGGAUACUUUGCCCUGCCUCCAGCAUCUGUUUCUCAGCUUUAACAAUAUAUCAAGUUUUGACAACAUUCUGUGCCUUGCUGAUUCCUCAUCCCUGUCUGAUAUCACCCUUGAUGGCAAUCCAAUAGCUCAGGAGACAUGGUACAAGAACACUAUUCUUCAUCAUAUGAUGCAGCUCCGACAGUUAGAUAUGAAGAGAAUCACGGAAGAAGAAAGGCGCAUGGCAUCUGUUGCAGCAAGAAAAGAAGAAGAGAAGAAGCGUGAAAGCCACAAACAGACCCUGUUAAAGGAAAAGAAACGAUUGACAAUUGGCAACAUUGCUCGCCAAUGGGAGAUUCAGCAGAAUCGAGUUGCCCAUGUGACGUCUUCAAAUCAAGAUAAAAAAGACAGUGACUCCUGUCAGAUUAAUGGCAGUGCCGCAUAUGUAUUUCCUGAAGAAACCAGGUCUCUUGACACAAUACUGAGCAAUUCUGUACAAGGCUUAUCUGUCCUCGAUUCUCACUUAGUCGAAGUGGAGGGAGACACUCUUUACUUGUAUGGUUCUGGAGCUCUGGAAUCCCUCGAUCGAAACUGGAGCGUUCAGACAGCUGGAACUGUCAUCACAGUCUCUUUUAUGUUCAUAGAAUUUGAUGAAAUUGUUCAAGUGUUACCAAAACUGAAGAUCAGAUUUCCUAAUUCUGUGCACCUGAAGUUUAAGGAGACAAAUAUUGUUAUGUUGCAGCAGUUUAAUGCAUUAGCACAGGUGCGUCGCAUUGAACAGUUGACAGUUGAUCCUCAGGGAAAUCCAGUUGUCAACUUUACUCUCUGGAAAUACUAUGUUCUGUUUAGACUGAACCAUUUUAAUCUGCAGAAGAUAAAUGGAACUGAGGUUACUCAGAAUGAUAUAGUAAUGGCUGAAAGGCUCUUUGGCAUUCUUGCACAUGUAGCAUCUUCUGAAUUGCCCCAGUAUCGCCUGCUUUCACUACUUGGAGAAUCCAGGAAGAAGCAAUUCUGUUGUAUGCUAGAGGCAAAGGGGAAGAAAUCUGGGAUUGUCAGUGAAGAAAGUAAUGACAGCAGAAGAGUUGGAGGAGAAAAUGCAAAUCGAGCUAUACUGAAUUAUACCACAAGGGAGUUUCAUACAGAAAAACUUGAGGAAAUCAAGGAGAGAAAGAAAUUUUGCCAAACAUACAUACAAGACUUAGUGAAAGAAGCUGCUGACAUCAAUAUGAAAAAUGAGUCUUUGCAGAAGCUGUGGCCUCAGAUGUUCAUUGAGCUUGUCAGGGAUGCGGUGAUAGAAAUACGUAAUAAAAAUUCCUACAUGAAACUCUGCCUACAGCGGAUCACUGAUCAAAAAUAGCAAAGUUGAUUCCUGCUGACUUGCAAGCUAUUGGUCAGUAUUGUAUGUUAUGUUUCACAAAGAAAUAAAACAAAAGAAUAUAAAAUUACCAUCACUGUAGGACACUUUUUAAAGGAUGCCUUUAAAUUCAAUGAGCUCUGUUUUUACAGCUAAUGUUUCUCUCUCUAGUUUUCAAAACAAAAGUUUUCUUUUAUACAAGUUUUCUUGUAUAAAAUUCUAACGGUGCAUCCUUAGCUAAAGUGAUGACAUAGAAAUAACUUGACAGCUGUGCCAUGGUUUACUAAGUCGUCUUUUUUGCUUUUUGUUGUUGCUGAUGCUACUGCUGUAGUGCUGAAGCAUUGGUUUAAAGGAAGAAGUUCACGCUCUGAUGCUUGCCUUAUGGUUUUUAUUGAACACUUUUGAGUUGUUUUCUUUUUUACUAUUUGCUGCUGUGGUUAAAAAUAUUCACAGUUCAGAAUAUUGUUUUUUAUGAGUUGAAGCUAAUAAAUUAUUAUGUUUGCA